AUGGCAGCCCUUAAUAGAAAAUAUGCGGCAUUGCCAGAUUUGGAUUCAGCGCCAGAUAUUUAUGAAACCCCUGAGUUAACAGAGGACAAUUCAACUGCUCCUACUGGCAGACCUCGUUCUCAAUCGACCUCUUCUUCCUAUCAGGAUUUUGAUGAAGACGACGAUGAUCUUGGAGGUAUUUCCCGUUCACGAUUACAUCCCGAUGAGGCGCGUUCGCAUUUCUCUCCGGCUCAAAUAGAUGCACGCGACGUAGACUUCUCAGAUAGAGUGACGGCGAAAAGGAAAUCAUAUAAAGCUUCUUCGAGACGGCACAGAAAAAGACAAGAUGGAACAGAAGAAUUUGGCGACUUUAGUGACGAUGAUGAUGAUGAUGGAGAAAGCUUGGAACGUAAGCUUGCAAGAUUAAGACGUGAGAUUGAGGAAGUCAAGGAAGAAUACGGAAAGAGAACCCAAGAGAAAAGGGACACCGGAGUGGACGGAGAGUCGAACGACGUGGAUGAUAUUGCUGCGUUGAGUAAAUUAUUGGAUGGAAUAUCCGUCAAUCAAGGAGACCAAAUCACAAGUGCUGGAGCAAGAUUGGCGAAGGACUUAGGGACAGGCAUCAAAGCAAACGGGCCACCGCAAACUUCACAAGGAACCGGAGAACCUUCUACGUAUACCGUCACAUAUGCGCCUACAUACCAACAAAGUCAUGCUUUGGCGAAAGCAGCGGAUUUCGAUGGGCGAUUAGCACUUCUGGAAAAAGUUCUUGGACUCAACUCCACGAUGGAUUCUACUAAUGGUUCAACAGCCGUAUUACCAACUCUCGACAUCCUCGAAAGACAAGUCUCAAUCCUUACCGAGUCAACACCAUCAUCUCUUGAUAGCAUAAGCCGAAGAGUUAGAACAUUGACACAAGAAGCCGAGAAACUAGAAGAGUCCCGAAAAUCGGCCAAAGCUGCACAAGAUUCUUUAAAAUCAGCCAGAGAAGAAAUUGCUUCGGAGGAUAAAGACGAUUCAGAGCAGAUUUCGAAGAUAAAUGCGCUUUAUGGGACUUUACCUACGAUCGAGAAUCUCGCACCUCUUUUACCUUCUUUACUGGACAGACUACGAUCAUUGCGAGCUAUCCAUGCAGAUGCUGCCACAGCCAGUGAGAACUUGGAUAUAGUGGAGCAAAGGCAAGUCGAAAUGUCAAACGAUAUCAAGAAAUGGCAAGAAGGAUUAGAGAAAGUUGAGGAAGCAAUCAAACAAGGCGAAACAGUCAUGGGAGGAAAUAUGCAAGUUGUAGAAGGCUGGGUUAAAGAUUUGGAAGAUAAGAUGUCUAAGCUAUAG